AUGGGAAACUCAGUAUGUUAUAGUCAGGAUGACAUUAGAAAAAAAGAAAGUAUGCCCUUAAGAACAAAAAGAGCUAUGGAAAUAAAAAAAAAGCUUAAAAAUAUUGUGCUUAAAGGAGCAAAGGAACUGGAAAAUGGAUCUGAAAAAACUGAAAUGCUAGAUUAUUUCCUUGACUUUUUUUAAAAUAAACUUCUUAAAGUAAUUUAAAAGUACGAGUUUCCAAAGCCAGGCAAAGACUUUUUAUAAUCUGGUUAUGUAUUAUCGUUUGCAAAUAUUACGGAUAUUACCCAGCAGAUUCAUAAAGAAGAUGGUGAUGUAGACUCUCAAUUGUUAAAAAGUUUAAUGGACGAUAUCGAUGAGUUAAAAGAAAAGUCUCUUUUUUAUCUAAUUCUCAAAGAAUUCGACAGAUUCUACAAAUAAUUGGUGUUAUCAAAAAAAGACAAAUUAGAUGAUAUAACAAUAUCUCCUAAUUUGCAUCAUAUGUCAGAUACUAAGAGUUUUAUAAAAACUCAAUUGCCUCUAGAAAUUUAAGAAAAAUAAUAAACUACUGAAUUUGAAGACUGUUUUUUUUCUAAAAGGAAAUUAAGUGCUCUUAUGAAAGAGGAUAAAUGUUUGAUCGAUUACCUAAUUAUUAGUAUAAUUAAUCUGUUUGAAUUUUUGAAGUAGAUAAUCUGUUUGACAUAUUAAGACAUUAUAAAAGAAUUCAUUUCUUUAAAUGAUAUUUAAAAAUAUCUCCAGAAUAGUUUGUUUUUCUAAAAGUUAAUUCAACAUUACAUAUAUGAUAAAGAAUUGUGCAUUGGUUAACUAAUUGAGAAGAUGAUUCCGUUAAAAUAUUAAAAUUAAUAGAUUUAAUAUGAAGGUCAAAUAUUAGAAAGAUAAUAAACUUUGGAUAUAUCAUUAUAUCCUGAACCUGGAUAGUAAACAAUGAUUAAGGAAUUCGAAGAGGAUAUGUUUGCUCAUGAUUUUGGAAGAUCAAGAUAAGAAUAGUAUUUUAGAAAUAGUUCAAGGAUGUCAAUUAUUGAGAUGCAGACUAAAAUUAUGAAUGCAAUUGAAUAAAUUGAAAAAGAGAAUCUCCCUUACAAAGAAAUGUUUAUUAUUUUGAAACAAAUGUUAGAGGAAGUUAAACCAUAUAGAAUAUUUCUAUUGAUAUAAAAGUUGUCGGAUGACAUUGUUGACAUUUACUUAUAGUCCAGACCUUAAGAUUAAUAAAAUAAAUAUCGUGAGCUUAUUCUUGCUGAGGAUAAUAAGCUUUCAAUUAUUUUGUUUUUACUUCAUAAAUUUUAAGAGUCAAGUUAAUAUUUAUGA